AUGGGUUCGACACAAGACAUUGCCCACUAUGGUCGAGCAAUACAGACCGCAUUUAUUCGACUCUCAGAGGUUUUACACCAUGCCGCUUCACCCGUUGAAGAUUUGACGAUAUUCCUCGAGAGGACGAGGCAAUCUUUUCUGUUCUGGGCGGCAAACUUAGGCAUGUUCGACGAAGGCCACAGGUCGAUGGAUUAUCGCCUUCAAGAUGCCCAAGAUGUCAAAGAGUACAUGGUCGAUCUUCUGGAGGAGCUCGAAUACAACCUCAAUGAACUGGCAGCGGCGUGCACAAACAGGUUUACCCUGGGCCUAUCAAGCCCGGACGACGAGGACAAAGGCGCAGACAACGUGCCACUCUCCGUCAAGCUCCCUACCUCUACCGAUGAACAAAGAGCUCUUGAAAAUGAAGCAGGCGCUGCUGAUGAGGAUGAGAUCAGAGGGCGUAUAGAGAGUGUCGACGAUCUUCAACGUCGUCUCUAUGGGCUUGCCCACAGAAUUCGGCACCCUACCAUGCGCUCAGCACCAGGAUCACGGAAUGUGUAUCGAACCAUCCCUUCGAGUGACAGAUUAGGGGCGAUUAAACAACUCCUAGACCUCGAACGCGGCCGUAUCACGGAUUACUUCUUACAAACUCGGCGAGCUUUGGCGGAUAUGAAGGACGCCCAGACUCUUGAGUUGACCCAAGCAGAUGAGAGACUGAUUGAACGCCUUUCUCAGUCAAAUAGCCUUAGGAGGCAACAAUUUAUAUUCUGGAGAGAAACUCAAUCUGAACGCAAUGAAACGGUAGGGAGACAGCUGCUUUUUCAGCAAGAAGACAAAUUCAUUCCCCAGCCGACAGUCGAUCAAGUCUUUGCUUUACCGGACCGAAAUCGUCCUGCCCAAACUAUUCAGUUGUCUAUGCCUUCAAGUGUCACCAAACUGCCACCAGGUCAACUGGAUCUGGCGGAGCGAUUCUCCGUGGCGACGCGUGACACCAGAACUCCUUCAGCAUACGGACCAACUGACGAAAAGCUCAGCUGGCCAGCUGUUCCUCCAGAGUUCAAGCCCGGGCAUAAUGGCUUCUUCAUUUGCCCGUACUGUCACACCAUUUGUCCGAAUCGAUACUUGAACGCAGCUGCAUGGAAAAGCCACUUGCUUCAUGAUCUCCGACCGUACUGUUGCACUUACGAGCAGUGCAAAACUGAGAGACACGUCUACGACAGUCAGAAUGUUUGGUCUGCACACGAAGCACUCGAACAUAAUGGGGUGUUUACCUGUCUCGAGCAUCCAUCGUCUGGCCAGGAACUUCUGGAAUUCGCUGACCUUGACGAGUACAAACAACAUGUCCACGAACACCAUUCACGCGCGGCAUCAUCCAUGCUCCAGAACGAGAUUGUACGUGCUCGUAGAAAUGGCUCUUUAAGGUCUAACCGACCCUGUCCCAUAUGCUUGACGCAGAUCUUGGACGCACAGAAUAUGUCAAAGCACGUCGCGGGACACCUGGAGAUUAUUGCCUUGAUGGCGCUGCCUCGAUCAACGGGACUGGAAGCGGAAAGCCAGUCAGGCAACGCUGGAUCUGGUCAGCAAGGCCAGUUAGGAACUGACUCCCGUGCGGACAUAUCGGACCUACCUCUCCUUGAGAACCGUGAGGAAGAACCUUAUGCAGGUGAGGCUUCAGACGAGUCAUUUGAACACGAAGCCCUCACGAGCAAGAAGCGGGCGUUUGAGGCGGAGCUUCCUGACACGCUGACCAGUAUGGCCAACCUGGCGUCGACAUACCGGAAUCAAGGCCGAUGGCAGGAGGCGGAAGAGCUGGACGUGCAAGUGAUGGAGACGAGUUCGAGGGUGCUCGGGGCGGAGCAUCUCGACACGCUGACUAGUAUGACUAACCUGGCGUCGACGUAUUGGAAUCAAGGCCGAUGGCAGGAGGCGGAAGAGCUGGAAGUGCAAGUGAUGGAGACGAGUUCGAGGGUGCUCGGGGCGGAGCAUCCCUCCACGCUGAUCAGUAUGGCCAACCUGGCGUCGACGUAUUCGAGUCGAGCCAAAUGGCAGGAGGCGGAAGAGCUGGAAGUGCAAGUGAUGGAGACGAGUUCGAGGGUGCUCGGGGCGGAGCAUCCCGACACGCUGACCAGUAUGGCCAACCUGGCGACGACGUAUUGGAAUCAAGGCCGAUGGCAGGAGGCGGAAGAGCUGGGCGUGCAGGUGAUGGAGACAAGAAAGAGGGUGCUCGGGGCGGAGCAUCCCGACACGCUGACCAGUAUGGCCAACCUGGCGUCGACGUAUUCGAGUCGAGCCAAAUGGCAGGAGGCGGAAGAGCUGGAAGUGCAAGUGAUGGAGACGACAUCGAGGGUGCUCGGGGCGGAGCAUCCCUCCACGCUGACCAGUAUGACCAACCUGGCGUCGACGUAUUGGAAUCAAGGCCGAUGGCAGGAGGCGGAAGGGCUGAAUGUGCAGGUGAUGGAGACGAGGAAGAGGGUGCUUGAGGCGGAACAUCCCGACACGCUGACCAGUAUGGCUAACCUGGCGUCGACAUACCGGAAUCAAGGUCGAUGGAAGGAGGCGGAAGGGCUGGAGGUGCAGGUGAUGGAGACGAGUUCGAGGGUGCUCGGGGCGGAACAUCCCGACACGCUGACCAGUAUGGCUAACCUGGCGUCGACGUAUUGGAAUCAAGGCCGAUGGCAGGAGGCGGAAGAGCUGGGCGUGCAAGUGAUGGAGACAAGAAAGAGGGUGCUCGGGGCGGUGCAUCCUGACACGCUGACCAGUAUGGCCAACCUAGCGUCGACAUACCGGUGA